UUUCACGUCCGCCCACAAAUUUAUUGUUUAUUUAUUAGUGUCCUCUGCGCUGCUCACCUUUCGCUCAGUACUCUGCAGCUUUUCCUCUAUCUUUCUUCGCCAUUUCCUCUCCUUUCAGCUGGUUUUACUCUUCUUCAAUCUCGUUGUGAAUGAAUUGCUGAUUCAAAAUAGAUGGAUACAGAAUCAAAGGAUGCUUUAGUGGAUGAGAAUGCCAGCAUCUUCUUGCAUAGCCAUGCCGAGGUUGACCAAGAUUUAUCUUAUUUGACUACUUUUGAAGAUGAAGUUACAAGAUUGCAACAUUACUUACCUGAAUGUAACAUGGAUUGUUUUGAUGGUACCGUCGGUUUUGAAACAUUCAAUUCACUAAAGGGCUUCAAUGUUGAUAGUUUUCCAUGUGCUUUCGACUAUGAUCACAUAAACUUUGAUAGUGAUGCACUGGAUUUGUAUCUUGCACAAGAAGCAGAGGAAACAAAGGGAGACAGCAAUACGCUACCAGCCACUAACAAGAAGGUUCUUGGUGAUUUCAGAAUUGAUUCUGCAUGCAAGGGAACAUUUUGUGCUGAACCAGCUGAUGAAGCUUCCAAUUCGAGUUAUGGUUCAUGUGAAAAAACCUGUCUAGGAAAUGUGGCUUUAAAAAGCCAAUCCUCACAUUUUCAAAAAAGAGAAUGUCAUUCUGAAAUAUCCAGUAUGUAUCCUUCAAUGGAAAUAGCGCUUGAAUCUGCAAGUGACAGGGCUCCCCUUUUGCUUGAUAAGAUGAGAACCCAAGAUCUUCGUCAAGUUUUCAGCAGAAUAUUUGGAUGGGAAACAUCAGUUAUGGACAAGCAAUGGCUGAAACGCCGUAUAGUAUUUGGUUUGCAGAACCGAGGUGAAUUAGUAGAUAGUCUGAACUUGUUAGAAUUUGAUAAAACUUCCAAUGCUGAUGAAGAAAAAGCUGUUGUUUUACUAAAUACAGCAUUGUCUGGAAGUGCUUGCAACUCGACAGAUAUAUUGGACAACCAACUCAAUUCAAGAGAAAAACAUGUGAAAAGGGCAAGGCUUGCUGGUUGCAAUUCUUUGAAAAGUGUGUCUUCUCCACUAAGAGAGGUUGGAUUUUGUUCUGUAAGUGAAAGUAAUACUGCAGAAGCACUUGUUACACAAAAGCAAACACGCAGGCCUACUAGGAUAUGCACCAAGGGAUUGCAAGAGCAAAACUCAAGAUAUCACCACAGAAAAUGUGGGGCAUCCUAUAAGAAUGCAAGAGAUGAUUUCCUGAAUGUGAAAACUCACAAGCACCAUUGUCGAAGGGGAACAGGAACUGGACAAUUGAAUUGUCAAGAAGAAUCUCUGAAAGGAACCUCGUCCUGCACUGAGGUUCCAUUAGGUCUUGCAGUCCAGAUUGGGGAAUCGACAAAAAAAUCUCAUUUGGUUAAUGACUUUGACAAUUGCAAGGACAAUGAGGUUUCAGUUUCAGAUGAAGAUUUUGAUAGGGAAACCUCUUCAGCUGAGUCACAAGAUGACGUCUCAGAAGUUGAUUCUGUAACAAGGAGAAAAAGGGGUAGAAAGCGGAAACAGCGUCACCGGAGGUGGACCCCUUCUGAGGUGAUGAAGUUAAUUGAGGGUGUUUCCAUGUAUGGAGUUGGAAAAUGGACUCACAUAAAGAAGUUACUGUUUUCAUCAUCUUCUCAUCGCACAUCUGUAAAUCUCAAGGACAAAUGGAGAAAUCUUUUGAAGGCGUGCAACAAUGAGAUGCAAAAAAAGAGAAAGGGAGAGCAAGGGGAAACACAAUUAUCACAUCAACUAUCAGAAUCUAUUUGGUGUCAGGUCAGGGAGCUGGCCGUCAUAUAUUCAUACCCAAAGGAAAGCAAGUCCAAAGUAUCAUGCAAUACUGUAGCCUCAUCAACUCCCAGCUACUAUUGCUAAUUCCUUUAGGCCUUUGACAAUUACUGAUGAGGGUUAGUAAGCAUAGAAAAGACUGGAAAUUUCAUAGACAUAGAAACUUAGUCGGGUAUAGAAAAGUGAAACCAGAAAUGAAACCCAAAAAAAAAAAAAAGGUUACUUUGAGAAUGUCCUCGUCUUUAAGUAGAAUUACUUUCUCCCUUCAAUUCAAACUCAUAGGUUAAAAGGAAAACAUAGAGAUGAUAGGGCAGUUGUUCUUUGUUAAACUGUGGCAGCUGAAUGUGCUAUUUGUUAUGUAGGCCUUUGUUUUCUCCCCUUAUCAACACAUUAUAUUAUGCAGCCAAGUAUGAGCAGCUUUGAGUGAACAUGGAAAUUUUCUUA